GUCUUGGUAAGCUAAUUGGCUAGUUAGCUGGUAAAAUUAACGUCAACAGUGAGCUACUUACUUGUAGCUGUAAACGUUAAUAUUAAUAAUGACGAUUUCAUUAGCCUUAGCACACAUAUGUUAUGUGUUUGCUGUACCGUUAUUUCAGCGAUGUCAAGUUUGAAUAGGAAAUGUGAUAACGCUAAUGGUUUAUAAUAUAUAUUCAUAGUGCAUAGUUUUUGGUUCCAUUUAACAAUGCACUAAACAUUUACAGCUAAAAAAUAAAGGCCAGAGUUGUGCCUUCAUUUUAUUUUAUUUAUCACAUGUCAGAAAUGCUGCUACAAGCUGCAAAGUUCAUUAAAAGUUGAAUGAACUAUCAUCUUAAUUGUCUUUAUUUUUAGUUAGCACCUUAAACACUUCAAGCUGGAAGCUAAUAAUGGUUAAGUGCAGCUGCAUGCUGGUGUGAUAAGCUGCAAUGAUCGUAUGAUCAUUAUGAAUCAUCACGAACAUAUAAUCCAAUUAGUCGACUAAUCGCAAAAAUAAUCAGUGAUUCGUCAGUUAUCAAAAUAAUCGUUUGGGGCAGCCCUAGCUGCUUAAAUAAGUUCAUCCGAGUCACCAACCUCAGAAAUCGCAAGUUAACAGCACCUCAGAUUAGAGCCCAGAUGAAUGCCACACAGAGUUCUAGUAGCAGACACAUCUCUACAUCUGCUGUUCAGAGGAGACUGCACAAAUCGGGCCUUUAUGGUCAAAUAGCUGCUAAAAAACACUACUAAGGAAAAGCAACAAACGGUAGAGAUGUGUUUGGGCCAAGAAACACAAGGUAUUGAUGUUAGACCAGUGGAAAUCUGUGCUUUGGUCUGAUGAGUCCAAAUUUGAGAUCUUUGGUGCAGUUUCUUUGUGGGACGCAGAAUAGGUGAACGGAUGGUCUCUACAUACAUGGUUCCCACCGUGAAGCAUGGCGGAGGAGGUGUGAUGGUGUCGGGGUGCUUCUUUGUUGGGGAUUUAUUCAAAAAUGAAGGCACACUGAACCAGCAUGACUACUGCAGCAUCAUGCCAUUCCGUCUGGUUUGCAUUUAGUUGGACCAUCAUUUAUUUUUCAAAAGGACAAUGACCCCAAACACACCUCCAGGCUGUUUCAGGGCUAUUUGAUCAAGAAGGAGAGUGAUGGAGUGCUGCGCCAGAUGAUCUGGCCUCCUCAGUCACCUGACCUAAACCCAAUAGAGAUGGUUUCGGAUGAGAUUGACCGCAGAGUGAAGGCAAAAGGGCUCAGAAUCUCUGGGAACUCCUUCAAGACUGUUGGAAAACCAUUUCAGGCAAACCGGCAUAUGAAAUCUGUGACUAGGAUCCAGAUUGGGCACCAUCUCUAUGUCUAGGUGGCAGCCAGACCAAGUCUACAGACACUGCACGUAAUGCCAGACAACAAAACAGGAAACGGCAAAGGACACCUGAGAUGGCCGAAACCACAAUUAAUGACACCACAACUGAGGACACCAAUGCCACAGGGUCAUGAAGAAGCAGAGGGUGGAAAUGAAGUUUGUGAGCCUGCUGACAAGAGACCGCUGACCGACUCUAUUCCGUUUGGUAUCAGGGAAAAAAAGUGAAAACCCUCGGUCACCUGACUAUGUGCCCUCCAUCUUCAAGAACGUGCCAACCCCAGAGAAGAAAAGGAAAGGGAUGCAGUUGGAUGAAUCCAACAGAGGACAGAAGAGCAAACUCCAAAGAUGUGAACAAGUAUCUUCUCCACCAGACCGUUCUCUAGAAAGCAGCCUGCAGCCAACUGCAGAAAAUGACACAGAAGCUCCUGCAGAGGAAUCAACCUACAAAGUACUUAAAGAGGAUUUCCAGCCCAUUCCCACUGACAAUGACGAACUAGCGACUCCACUGUGUUCCAGUGAAACCUGUAGGAAAUACGUGAAAUAUCUUGAGUUGAAAUACCAAGCAAUAGAGAGUGAAAAUCUGCUGUUGAAAGAGAAAAUAAGCAGCACCGGACUAAAUGAGACUGGUCUCCAAAACUAUGAUAAAAAGAUCAAUAUUCUCACUGGUUUACCAACAUAUUCACUGCUGAUGACCGUCUUUAACGUUGUAGCUCCCUUUUUACAGCAGUCAAACCACUUUAGACUCACAAUAUUUCAGCAGUUCAUGCUGACUUUAAUUAAGCUGAAAAUGAAUUUGUCCUUUGACUUUUUGGCGUAUUAUUUUGGCGUCGAUUCAAGCACCGUUUCAGAGGUUUUCAAACACUGUAUCAGUGUCAUGUAUUGUAGGCUAGUGCCGUGUCUGGUUAUAUGGCCUGAGAGAGAAUCUUUAAGAGAAUCUCUUCCAUGUGCAUUCAGUAACAGUUCAUUUGAAAUGACAGUGUGCAUUAUCGACUGUUUUGAAAUAUGCAUCGAGAAACCAAGCGACUUGUUAGCCAGUGCUCAGUGUUUUUCAACAUGCAACACAAUUAAGUAUUUAAUCGCCAUCUGCCCCAGAGGCUCUAUUUGUUUCAUUUCCAAUGGGUGGGGAGGCCGAACGAGCGACAAGUUCAUCACACAGCAGAGUAACUUUUUGUCUCAUUUGCUCCCGGGAGACCUUGUUUUGUCGGACAGGGAUUUAGACGACGAAGACCACUCUUUACAUUCUCCCGAAGCGGAAAUUACCAUACCGGUGUACACUCUUGGCAAUAACCAGCUAGAUCCUGUUAAGCUGGAAAACACAGAAUGUUUGGAAGCUCUCAGAACACACAUUGAAAAAGUCUUUGGUGUUCUGCAACAAAAGUACCCCAUUUUACAAAGCACCAUGCCCAUCGGUCUCACCGACGUCGACCAAGAAAAUGAUGUGACCUACCUGGACAAAGUUGUCAAAGUAUGUUGUGCUCUCACUAAUGUCUCUGAAUCUCUUGUACACCUGCCUGAGCAGAACUAUGGAUCAUCAAUCUGACAACAGUUGCUGGAUAAAGCAACUAAUGAUCAAUGUGCUGCAAUCAUCACAGAUUUAGUUACAGAUACACAAUGUUGAUUUUUCUUUUUCUAUCAAACGACUGCUUGAUAUAAGCUAAAUGCAGAACGUGCACAACAGAGGGUGAGAAAGCCUCUCCUCACUCUUCCCUUUCAAGUGUGAUGGAGAAACUAUGUAGCCUUCAGUUACAAUGUGAUUGUACACAUAAAAUAUUAAGGAACAUUUUCCAUAUUUUGUUUCUGCCAAAUGCAAAGAUAUUUUCUGCUAAGUUUUACAAACUGGACUUCUAAUACAACUCACAACAGCUCUGACAAAAUGUUUUUUUGUUUCUUUUAUUUUUCACUUAUAUUGUGAACUCUAUGUAAAUAAACCUGUUUGUGUGUCAGUCA